AUGUCAACUUCACUCCCAACCAAAUCCUCAAACGCCCUUCUCUCGGUCAACUUCAACCAAGACCACUCCUGCGUAGCAGUCGGCACACGAGAUGGAUACUCCAUCACCAACUGUGAACCUUUUGGUCGAGUGUAUACCAACCAUUCCGGUCCUAUUUCGCUCGUCGAGAUGCUCUUUUGCACUUCCCUUGUUGCGCUAGUAGCCACCUCUGACUCCGACCCGAAAUCCAAUGCUUCUCCGCGUCGGUUGCAGAUCGUCAACACUAAACGGCAAUCCGUCAUCUGCGAGUUGCUUUUCCCCACCGCAAUCUUGGGAGUCAAGUUGAACAGGAGACGCCUAGUAGUCGUACUGGAGCAGGAGAUCUACAUCUAUGACAUAAGCAAUAUGAAGCUCCUCCACACCAUCGAAACCAGUCCUAACCCUAUGGCAAUCUGCGCACUCUCCCCGAGCUCAGAGAACUGUUUCUUGGCAUAUCCUUCACCCGUGGCUAGUCCGACUUCUCCCUUCGCCAACACUUCCAGCUCUAGUGGUGCGGGGCAAGGCCGGGGAGCAGCAGGGGAUGUGCUCAUCUUCGAUUUGUUAUCAUUGUCCGUGACAAACGUUAUCCAAGCGCACAAGACUCCGAUUUCCGCUCUUGCGCUCAAUUCCACAGGAACACUACUCGCAACAGCAAGCGAUAAAGGGACGGUAAUCCGCGUCUUCUCCCUUCCUGCGGCUCAAAAGUUGCAUCAGUUUAGAAGAGGAAGUUACGCCGCAAGGAUUUACAGUUUGAACUUCAAUGCAGUUAGUACCUUGUUGGCCGUAUCGAGCGAUACGGAGACCGUGCAUAUUUUCAAGCUUGCUGGGUCCAAAGGUGCCGGAGGGAUGAUAGGGAGUGCGGGCAAUGGGAAUCAUUCUCCAAGCUUAAGUUCGUUUGAUGGCAAUUCGGAUUCUUCCUCUCCUCCAGGGUCUGCUACUAGUGGAGGUAGGGCCGGGGGUUACGAAGCGUUUAUGGGUAGACGUAAACCUUCUUCCUCCAGUGGCGGGAUAUCAGGAACCUUAAGGCGAAGAAGUAUGGCUCUGGGCAGGGGGAUCACAGGUUCAGUUGGAGGAUAUUUGCCGAAUAGUCUAACGGAAAUGUGGGAACCGUCUAGAGAUUUCGCUUUCCUCAAAUUGCCAACUCCGGGGGUAAGUAGUGUAGUUGCGUUAAGCAGCACAACUCCACAUGUCAUGGUGGUUACCAGCGAAGGAUAUUUCUAUUCGUACAACAUCGAUUUGGAACAUGGAGGCGAAUGUGUCUUGAUGAAGCAGUAUUCCUUGUUGGAUGGCGAAAGUGAUUCGCUGAAUCCUGCUACGGGGAACGCGAGUGGGAUUGCGGGUAAUGCUACCGACUAA